AUGUGCUUCUCGUUCUUCUCAAAAGUAGCAGUCUUAUUCGUUGCACUUAUCAUACAAAUGAGUGGAGUUGUCUCGGUAGAUAAUCUUGCAUUACAUGCAAUCAAAUCCGAGAUUACAGAAGACCCUCAAGGUGUUUUAAAAUUUUGGAAUGAUUCUCUUCCUUUUUGCCUAUGGCGAGGAGUCAUAUGUGGUAGUCGCCACCAAAGAGUCACAGGUUUGAAUCUAGCGAACAGAGGCUUAGUAGGCACUUUAUCUCCUUCUAUUGGCAACCUCAGCUUCCUCAGGUAUAUUUAUCUUGAUAACAACAAACUUCAUGGAAGUAUACCUUCUGAAAUCGGUAGCUUAUUUCGAUUAGAAUCACUAUCCCUUCCUAAUAAUUCGUUCGCUAAAGAAAUUCCCAACAACAUAUCAAAUUGUACAAAACUACAACACAUUGAUUUAUCUGGGAAUAUGCUAUCUGGGAAUAUUCCAAAUAUUUUUAGUUCUUUGGGAAUGAUACAAGAGAUAAAUUUUUGGAAAAAUAAGUUAACCGGUGGGAUUCCAACAUCCAUUGGCAAUCUCACAUAUCUCGAAUUCAUAAAUCUUUCUGGUUGUCGAUUAGAAGGGAGCAUUCCAGAUUCCUUCCAUCAGUUGACAAACUUGAGAAGUUUAAUACUUGGAGAAAAUCGCCUCGUUGGAAACUUUCCCAUGUUCAUAUUUAACCUUUCCAAGAUAGAAGUUCUAAAUUUUCCUGACAAUCAACUCGCUGGAAGUCUACCCUCAAACUUAUGUUCUAAUCAACCUCAUCUCCAAAGACUAGAAUUUGGUCAAACGUUGUUCACUGGAGUCUUGCCACCUUCACUAUCAAACUGUUCUCAGUUGCGUCGCUUUGAUUCUACUUAUAACAAUUUUAAGGGAGAAAUAAAUGUUGAUUUUGGAAAACUCCGUCAUCUUUGGUGGUUAACUCUUGGUCCAACCGAGGGUCUUGGUGGCAUGAAAUAUUUUGAUUCUUUGUUGAAUUGCAGCAAUUUGGAGCUAUUGGAACUUGCGGGACUCCAACUAAGGGGGAUACCUGAUUGGGUUGGGAACUUGACUGAAUUGAGAACACUAAAAUUUCAAUAUACCUCUAUUUCAGGCACCCUUCCUUCAUCUAUAGGAAACUUGCAUAGACUAACUGUACUUUCUUUAGUCGGAAACAAACUCACAGGCAUGAUUCCUGAAAGCAUCGGCAAGCUUAGCAACUUAGCGUACCUCAACCUUGGUUUCAACAGUUUUUCUGGGAUCAUUCCUAGAUCUAUAGGAAACCUUUCUUCUCUAAUCGAAAUUUCAUUUAGAGAAAACAAAUUGGAGGGUACUAUACCCUCGAGUAUUGGAGCAUGCAAAGAGUUGAUAUUUCUAUCGUUUGCUUUAAAUAACCUCAUAGGAACUAUACCAAAAGAAGUAUUUCAAUUGUCUUCACUUUCAAAAGCACUAGAUCUAAGUGUAAACAAUCUUUCUGGAGUGCUUCCACCAGGAAUUCAUCGCCUGAAAAACUUGGACUUAUUUGAUUUGUCUAUGAAUCAUUUAUCGGGUGAAAUUCCGAGUAGUUUGAGCAGUUGCAUCAGCCUUGGUCUCCUAGAUUUUUCAAGCAAUUCCUUUCAUGGAUCAAUGCCGGAAGCAUGGAGAUCACUGAAAGGUCUCAAAUAUUUGAACCUAUCAAGGAAUAAUAUUUCGGGACCUAUUCCAAGUUAUUUGGAGCAAAUUCCUUUAGAGUAUCUUGAUCUUUCAUAUAAUGAUUUUGAGGGAGAGGUAUAUGUUAAGGGUGUCUUCACAAACACAUCUGUAGUAUCAGUCCAAGGGAACCCUAGACUUUGCGGGGGAAUAGCUGAGCUUCAUCUAGCCAAAUGCACAAGUAUCGUGUCCAACAAAAGCAAAAAGCUUUCUCUUGGUGGUAUUCUGGCAAUUUCACUAUCUUCUGUUGCUGCAUGUGUAGCUCUGGUGUUCUUUGUGUUGGUAUACUUUUGUGUAAAGAAGAAGAAAGACACGCCAACAGAAUCAAUACUGAUCAGGGAAUCUUUUGAAAUGUUUUCAUAUGAAAGGCUUUUUAAAGCGACUGAUGGGUUUUCUUCACAAAAUCUUAUUGGUACAGGUAGCUUUGCUUCAGUUUACAAAGGAGUUCUGGAUGAAGAGGGUACAAUUGUGGCAAUCAAAGUACUAAACCUCCAACGAAGAGGAGGUUCCAAGAGUUUCAUAGCCGAGUGUGAAGCCUUGAGAAAUAUUCGUCAUCGAAACCUGGUUAAGAUCAUAACUGCUUGCUCAACCCUCAAUUUCCAAGGUAAUGAUUUCAAAGCUUUAGUGUAUGAUUUCAUGCCAAAUGGAAGUCUUGAGAGGUUGUUGCAUUCAUGCACGAUACUCGACCAUAUGCCUCCUCAUCAUUCGUGUCAACUAGAUCUCAUUCAAAGAAUAAGCAUUGCUAAAGAUGUGGCUUGUGCUCUUGAUUAUCUACACAAUCAUUGUGGAAAUGUAGUUGUUCAUUGUGAUUUGAAGCCAAGCAACAUUUUAUUAGAUGUUGAUAUGGUUGCUCACAUUGGAGACUUUGGGCUGGCAAAAAUUCUUACACUUGAUCAACUUCCUAAUGCAAACAUGAGUAGUUCAAGUCUUAUAAGCGGAACUAUUGGGUAUGCAGCACCAGAAUAUGGACUUGGAAAUGGAGUAUCGCCCGAGGGGGACAUCUAUAGCUAUGGGAUCCUAUUGUUAGAGAUGGUGACUGGAAAAAGACCUAUUGAUCUAAUGUUUCAAGAAGGACUGAGCCUGCAUUCUUAUGCAAGGAAAGCCUUGGCAGAUGGUUUUUUGCUUCAGAUUGUAGAUCCCAUGCUUCUAAAUGACGAUGUCAAUGAAGUGUUUUUAAGUUCAUUAGCAAAAAUCGGAGUGCAAUGUUCUUAUGAGUCUCCACAUGAUCGAAUGGAUAUUGGGAUUGUUAUUCACGAGUUGCUUUCUGUGAUGGGUACAGCUAGUUCAAUGUCCACAGACAAAGUUGGUGUCAGUGCCACCCAAGAAGCUAGUGUGUGA